GGGGAGGAUUUGUUGCGGGUAGCGGGGAGUGCGCUGCUCCCCUCGGAGCGUGUUCGCUCAACCUGCAGCUGGCCGGAGCAGAGCGCAUAAAGAGGGGGUAGACCUGCCUCUUUUAUGACCGGGCCGUUCAUAAAUAAAGUCUCAUUAUUAUUUUGUCCUCGGAAGCAGCAGCUGAGGAGCAUCCUUACAAGAAAGUCGGUGCUCGUGUGUGGCCAUGAGGGACCGGAGAAGUGAUCCUGCUGAGUUUAGUCAUUAGGUUCCUCCUCCGGGGUGAAGCUACUGCCGUUGCUGCUUCUGCUCCUGACCCCGCAGAUGAUUUAGAUUUGUGGGACUAACAUCAAAGUUUUUCGGGGUUAUUUUACUCGCUUGGUAUAUUCCAGCUGAGUCUUUGUGUGCAGAUUUGUUCACUUUGCUUCCAUUUUUUUUGUAAAAUCUGCGCCCGCUUAAAUGCCUGGAAAUUUGGUUUAAAUGAUAAGAAGAGUCUGAAGAUCCCAAGGAUCUGCAUCAGAAGAGUGUGGAGAUGAACUUUGGAAAUAUCCUGGUUGUGAUUAUUUCAAGCGUGGUCAUUACUUCAGGGUCCCGAGCACGAUUUGAAGACAGUGCUCCUCGGAUAGUGGAGGACCCGUCAGAUUUGAUCGUCUCCAAGGGGGAGCCUGCCACCCUCAACUGCAAGGCGGAGGGUCGACCCACUCCCAGCAUAGAGUGGUAUAAAGACGGAGAACGUGUGGAGACCGACAGGGAUGACCCCCGUUCCCACCGCAUGCUCCUGCCCAGCGGCUCCCUCUUCUUCCUGCGUAUUGUUCAUGGACGCAGAAGCAAACCGGACGAGGGCAUCUACACCUGUGUGGCCCGCAACCAGCUGGGAGAGGCCAUCAGUCGGAACGCGACGCUGGAAGUUGCUGUCCUGAGAGAUGAUUUCCGGCAGGCCCCGAGUGACGUGGUGGUGGCUGCUGGAGAGCCUGCAAUGUUGGAGUGCGUACCUCCGAGGGGUCACCCUGAGCCCUCGGUGUUCUGGAAACGCAACAAUGUCCGAGUCAGCACCAAAGAUGACCGAAUCUCGAUGCAAGGAGGCAAGCUGAUGAUCUCCACCACCAGGAAGAGUGAUGCUGGCAUGUAUGUUUGUGUGGGCACCAACAUGGUCGGAGAGAGGGAUAGCGAUCCUGCCGAGCUGGUUGUUUACGAACGUCCGGUGUUGGUACGGAGGCCGGUAAACCAGGUGGUUAUGGAAGAAGAGACUGUGGACUUCCUAUGUGAGGUCCACGGGGAUCCAGCUCCCACUGUAAGAUGGCGGCGAGAGGAAGGGGAACUCCCACGCGGGAGGUUUGAAAUUCGCAACGGUAACAACCUUCGUUUGUUCCACGUGAAAGAGCAGGAUGAAGGGACAUAUACCUGCACAUCUGAAAACAGUGUGGGAAAGACAGAGGCUUCAGCCAUGCUGCAGGUCCACGUGCCUCCUCAGAUUACUGCAAAGCCCAGAGACCAGAUUGCUGCCCAAGGGAGGAGCAUAACCUUCCAAUGUGGCACCACGGGAAACCCUCCACCAGCUAUCUUCUGGCAGAAAGAGGGCAGCCAGAUGCUGGUGUUUCCUGGUCAGCCACCGUCGCAGUCCGGUCGGUACUCUGUUUCCAUGAGCGGAGAACUGAUUAUCACGGACGUCCACCCUGAGGACUCAGGCUUUUAUGUCUGCCAGGCCAUCAGCGUGGCAGGAAGUGUGCUGACGAAGGCUUUGCUGGAGGUGGAAGGAGGUCCUUCGGGUCGUAUCCCACCGAUCAUUCGGCAGGGCCCGUCCAACCAGACCGUAUCUCGAGGGGCGAUGGCACAGCUGCAUUGCCGUUUAGUCGGAGGCAACUCAGUCAAGAUCUCAUGGGAGAAAGACGGAGAGAGGCUGCAGGGAAAUACUCCUCGAGUGACCUUGAUGGAGAACGGCACCUUGCAAAUUACAGAUCUAAAGGACACUGACUCUGGGAUGUACGCCUGCGUUGCGUCCAGCCCCACGGGGGAAUCGACCUGGAGCGGGACGUUGACCGUCCGAGAGGAUGUGGCGUCAUCUGGGUCCAGAGCUUCUGAGUUCAUCCAGCUUCCGGGACCUCCACAAAAACCUGUGGUGACCGAGGUGACCAAAAACACAGUCACUCUUACAUGGCAGUCCAAUCCACAUGAAGGUGGAGAUGCUGUCACCUCCUACAUAAUUGAAGCCUUUAGCCAAUCAGUGGGCAGCACCUGGCAAACUGUUGCAGACCACGUGAAACAUGAGAGGCACACAGUUGUUGGACUUUUCCCGAACACGGUUUAUCUCUUUAUAGUUCGGGCAGUCAAUUCUUACGGCCUCAGUGACCCCAGCCCAAUCUCUGAGCCAGUCCGGACACAGGAUGGGAGUCCAACAGAGCAGGGUGUGGACCACAGGCAGGUUCAAAGAGAACUGGGGGAGGUUUCCAUCUACCUGCAGAAGCCCGUGGUUCUGUCUCCCACCAGUGCCAGGAUAUCUUGGACUGUUGCCCGUCAGUCCCGUUACAUCCAGGGUUACCGCAUAUUUUACCGGACGAUCCCCGGCUCCUGGUUGGUCAGAGAUGUAGAAGCAACAUCCGACUACAGUGCAGUCUUAGCAGAUCUUCAAAGCAAGAAGGAGUAUGAAGUCAAGAUACGCCCCUACUUCAAUGAGCUACAGGGCCAUGACAGUCUCAUGGUUUUGGUGCGGACCCCUGAGGAGGUUUUAAGUGGUCCUCCUCAGGCUGUGUCAGUGGUACAGCUCACCAACAGCUCUAGUAUCAGUGUCUCCUGGGAGCCACCACCUCACAACAUACAGACUAGCAUCAUCCUGGAGUACAAGGUUUGGUGUUUGCCCAGCGACGGGAAGAGUCAGAUAAACCGAACCGUGGACGGGUCCGUUCUGUCCAUCCUGCUGACUGGUCUGCUGCCUGGCAUCCAGUACACAAUGUCGGUGGCUGCUGUCACCAGUCUGGGUGUGGGCGCUCUGAGUCCGCCUGUCAGCCUGCUUCUCACCCAACUGGUGGAGGUGAAGAAAGGCAGCGAGCUCAGCAUAGCGGAGCAGAUCGCCGGCGUUAUCCGCCAGCCAGCCUUCAUCACAGGGCUGGGCGUGGCUGCCUGGCUGGUGCUGAUGGGCUUCAGCGGGUGGCUAUACUGCCGGCAUCGCAGGAGGAAACAGCUAGGACACUACACCACAUCUUUCGCAUACACACCAGCAGUUGGUUUUGCUCACAGUGAAGGAUCUGGAAUCGUCAAUGGAGGGCCUGGCUUGUUGGGGUCAAAUAUGGGCAAUUACCCCUGGCUGGCAGACUCCUGGCCCACUCCGAACCUUACUCACAGCAAAGACCUUGUAAACUGCUGCUCUGGAAAACUGGACUCAGAAAGAUAUUAUAACUCCGUCGGGAUUAUCAACUACCCCAGUCAGACAGAGAAGCGCAGCACGGCAUCCAAUGACAGUCCCAUUUACAGCACCAUCAACACAGUGGCUGAGGAUGACCUGCUGGCUUACUAUGACACUUACUCCAGCGUGUCCUACAACCAGGGUCCAGACCCCUACAGCAGCAACCCAGCUCUGUCAAACGCUGGGAUUAUGGGUCUGGACCAGGACCUAGACCGGUGGACUAUUCAGUCUGGUCAGUCUGGGUCAGAAUAUGCCAAACUCCAGUAUACCAAGAAAAGCAAUGACAAACUGGCUCUGCGACCGUCUGCUGGAUCCUUAUCCAAGUCAGCUCCGCUCACCUGGGUGGAUGUUUUAUCGCUGUCUCUUCCUCCCAACAAAGACAGAAGUUGUGCAAAAUCAGACAAAGAAGAGGCACAGCACAGCUCCGAGGAGGAAGAUGAUGACUGGUGUCCUCCGCUGCCAGCCAGAACUUACCUGAUGGACGCUUCCAGAGAUGAGGUAUCUAGCCUGCCCUCCAAACCAGAGGAACUAAUGUCUUCCCCUCAGCGUGAUGCACUCAAGCCCAGCAAAAGUCCACGCCUUCAGCAUUUUGACCUCUUGGUCCGCCACCCCGAGAACUCCCAGGUGUCCCAGUCUAACCCUGAUCUAUUUACCAACACCAAGGCCCUGGGAGCCGGUGAUUUAUACAACUCCAGCCAGUGGGUGGAUAAUUUCAGGGGAGAAAGCCUCAGCAAAGGACAAUCUUCUGUUCCGGCUGCAGAGUCGAGCCCAGUAGCUCCGGCACACAGAUCUAGGAGUAAGAAGAGAACGCCAAAGGAAAACCGGAAAGAGAGGCACGGAGAUGCAGCAGCAGAUCUUCCCCCUCCGCCGACCCCUCCUGCCACAGACGGCUCCCUGCAGCUCUUUGUGGACGUUUUGAGUCGCAGACAAACAGACAGCAAAAUGAGAGAGGGGAGCGAUUUGCCCACUCUUCUGAAGCGAGAAGACGAUUUCUCACCCCAGAGAGGAGGACUUGCAAAGUGGUUAUCACAAGAUGAGAAUGUAAUCCCAUAUGGACAGCCGAACCAUCUGUCCAAGGUCCAGAUGUCUGGCUACGGGUCCCUUGGGGGACAAGUGUUUCCUCAGCACGGCGUUGCUGCUCAGAGGAGAGAUGAGAAUCUCAUAUAGACAACAGCCGAUAACGUGAUGUGACAUCCUCCUCUUUUCCUCCCCAACUUCCUGUCUUCGCGAACCAUCAAUCUGUUGCCAUGGCAUCCCGUGAAAAGCUGAAGACAAAAAACGAAAAGCGUCAAGGCUUGCCAUCUGCCUUUUCACAAGCUAUUUGUAUCAUCUUUUUAUUUUAAUUUAAUGAUCUUCGUUUUUUUUUUUUUUCUUGUGUGAUUUCUCUCACCCCUUCUGUGUACAAAGACAUCCUCUGUGUGAUUUUUAAAAAGAUGUGAUCAGAUAUAUUGCUAAAAAUGGAUCUGGGGGAAAAGUAUGGUAUUUUUAGGCUAAAGGGAAUUAAAUGUAAGUAUUGCAUUGUUGUACAGCAGAUAAAUGAAUGUAUCUUUUGUUUACUCCUGAUCACGAAACUAUGAUGCUGCGUGUUUUUGAUGAGCGACGGGGGUAAUUCUCCUGUUACUGGCGUGAGUGUGUGUCUGUGUUUUUCUUUCACCUUCUUGUGUGGCUGUAUAAUCGUGUUAGAUCACCAGUGUGUUAAUUUCUAAAUCUGAAAAAUAAAAGGCUUUGUUACAUAAA